UCUUAUUAUGAAUUUCCUUUAUGGCACGCCAGUGUCGCACCGUUCAUAUUGAUCUGCAUAAACUGGAUACCUCAACGCAUCUUAUUUUCUGGAAUACAGAUGGGGUCUAAACACAAUAGCAUAGAUAUAGAUUCAAUAUAUCAAACAAAUUCGCCCAUUAGCUCGUACGUAAUUUCACCGGAUUUGAAUCAUGUUGGUACUAGUCAUGAAGAUGGUCGCUUAGCUAUAUGGGAGGUUGAUGAUAACUCUGUCAAAAUGGUUGGUCAAAGCGAGAAAGUUGCAUUUAAUAAUCUUUCAUUAUUUGGAUUAUCAAACAAUAAAUUAAUGAUCUUUGGCCAGAAGUUGUUUAAUAUGGAAACUUUUAAAGAGAUAACGAUAAGACCUCGUCCAACUGACGGAAGUUAUUUACGACUUCUUCCAAAUGGAGAUCUUUUAUUGCUACAAAUCCCGUAUAUUUAUAUAUAUUCAGAAGCAUCCUUAAAAAAAUCAACAACAUCACCGUGUUCAUAUACAUCAAGUUAUUAUUUUUGGGGUAUAGAAAAGAUCAAGAUUGAUCAUAUCGUUCAAAUUAAUGAAAGAAUGUAUUUCACUCUCGUAGAUCAAAAUAUCUUGUUUGAAUUAAAUUUUGAAAUGAUGAGUAUUGAAAAUUACUAUAUCAUUCCAAAUAGUGAAAACAUUGUUAUUGGUUCCAGUAAUUGUGAUUGGGUGAUAGCAGUGAAUAGCGAAGAAAGUUUAAUC